AUGCUGAAGAGCAACAUUCUGCUGCUGUUCCUGUGCUUGCUGUUUGAGAAGAGCUCGCCUGCUCCUCUCCAUUCUGUACAACCCGCUCAGAACCAGAGCCGACUGGGACUCAGUUGGCCCCACAGAUCCAUGUCUACAGCACGAAACAGAGGAGAGAAUGGAAGCUUCCAGAGGGUUAAGAGGGGAUGGGUAUGGAACCAGUUCUUUGUUCUGGAGGAGUACAUGGGAUCUGACCCUCAGUAUGUGGGCAAGCUGCACACAGAUUUGGACAAAGGAGACAGUGAGGUGAAAUACACUCUCUCAGGAGAGGGGGCCGGAACCAUCUUCACCAUUGAUCAGACCACUGGAGACAUCCAUGCCUUACGCAGUCUGGACAGGGAGGAAAAGCCUUAUUACACACUUCGAGCACAGGCUGUGGACAUCAACACCAACCGGCCCCUGGAGCCAGAGUCUGAGUUCAUCAUCAAGGUUCAGGAUAUCAAUGACAAUGAGCCAAAAUUUCUGGAGGGCCCUUAUACAGCUAGCGUCCCUGAGAUGUCACCUGUGGGAACAUAUGUGACAAAAGUAACAGCAACAGAUGCAGACGAUCCCACGUAUGGCAACAGUGCGAAAGUGGUGUACAGCAUCCUGCAUGGCCAACCAUACUUCUCUGUAGAGCCUGAAACAGGGGUUAUUAGAACUGCUCUACCUAAAAUGGAUCGUGAGGUAAAGGAGCUUUAUCAGGUUCUUAUCCAGGCAAAAGACAUGGGGGGCCAAUUGGGUGGUCUUGCAGGAACCGCAACCAUCAACAUCACCCUUAGUGACGUCAAUGACAACCCACCCAGAUUCUCUAAAAAUACAUUCCACUUGCGUGUGCCUGAGUCUUCAGCGGUGGGCUCUUCUGUGGGCCGAAUCAAAGCCCAUGACCUGGAUAUUGGCAAGAACGCUGAGGUGGAAUAUAACAUUGUCCCUGGAGAUGGAGGAGCCAUGUUUGACAUCAUCACCAAUGAGCACAACCAGGAAGGCAUCAUUAUUCUCAGACAGCCUCUGGACUAUGAGACAAAGAAGGCCUAUACCUUUACAGUGGAGGCAUCAAACUCACACUUAGAUCCACGGUUUCACAGUUUUGGUCCAUUUAAAGACACAGCAACUGUCAAGAUUAAUGUUCUAGAUGUGGAUGAGCCUCCUGUCUUCAGUAAACCAUCCUACACAAUGGAUGUUUAUGAGGACACACCAGCAGGCACCAUUAUUGGAGCAGUGACUGCUCAGGAUUUGGAUGCAGGAAGUAGCCUGGUCAGGUAUUCUAUUGACUGGAAAAGUGACCUAGAUAGCUUCUUUGACAUUGACCCUGUAAUAGGUACCAUCUCCACUAAUGAGCUUCUGGACAGGGAGAGCAGAGUCCAACACAACCUUUCUGUUGUGGCAACCAAAGUUAAUAACCCCAUCCUAACCAGCAAAGUCGCAGUCACAAUUCAUGUGUUAGAUGUUAACGAGUUUCCUCCAGAGUUGGCUAUACCUUACGAGACCUAUGUGUGUGAAGGUGCCAAAGUGGGACAGGUGAUUCAGAUCUUCAGUGCAAAAGAUGACGAUAUUCCUAUGACAGAACACAAUUUCUCCUUCAAAUCAUCACAGGAAGAGAUGAAGAUCAAGAAUUUCACUAUCAAAGAUUUUGGAAACAACACUGCAGGCAUUGUAACCCUGCGCAGUGGCUUUUGGCGGCGUGCUCAGGAGAUCUACCACCUUCCAGUAGUUAUUGAGGACAGUGGUUACCCAGUACAGAGCAGCACUGGCACGCUGACCAUCCGUGUGUGUGGCUGUGAUUCUGACGGCUCCCUGCUGACCUGCAGUGCAGAGGCCAUCUUCCUCCCUGUUGGUCUCAGUACCGGAGCACUUAUAGCUAUUCUGCUUUGCAUUGUAAUACUGCUAGUGAUCGUAGUGCUGUACAUGGGAGUCCGACGGCAGAAGAAAAAAGAAACGCUUAUGACCUCCAAAGAAGACAUCCGAGACAAUGUUAUCCACUAUGAUGAUGAGGGUGGAGGUGAGGAAGACACACAUGCCUUUGACAUUAGCACUCUCCGAAACCCUAAAGCCAUCAAGGACAACCUUUAUCGGAGGGAUGUUAAACCAGAGGCUGCCUCUGUUCCUCAGCCAUUAGCCGCCUCACAGGACAGUGAAGACCUUCGGAAGUUCAUCAGUCAGAGACUGCAGGCACAUGACGGUGAUAACUCUGCACCGCCCUAUGACUCACUGGCCACCUACGCUUACGAGGGUGAAGGAUCAGUGGCCGAAAGCCUGAGCGCCAUAGAAUCAUUAAAUUGUGAGACAGAAGAGGAUUAUGAUUACCUACACGAGUGGGGACCUCGUUUCAAAACCCUUGCAGGGAUCUUUGGAGAAAAUGUGCAAAGCCAGACUGACAUCACCUCCACAAGCACCACAGAAAACAAACAUUGAUGAUGAACACAAAUGCCAAUUUGCAAGAUGUUUAUUUAUUUACUUCACUUAAUUCUUAAUUCUUUUAAUAUUACCAGUUCUGUUUUUGUUUUUAAUCCUUUUAUUCUUCCUCAAGGUAAUGUUGUGAGCUCUGGUUUGUCUCCAUUCCCCAUGCAACAAAACUACAAUUCAAAAGAGUAUUAUUUUUGCUCAUAUUUACUUUUUGUUUUUCAGUGCUUAAGGAAAGACAAAAGUUAAAAAGGGAAUGAAAACAUCCUUAAAAAGUGCCUCAAUAGAUUUUUUUUCCCUUUGCUUUACCUCUGAUUUUCAUGCACACAAAACUACCCCUACACACUACUUCCCACACAAACACAUGCCUUCCAGAAAAGCAAGACAGUGUUAAAGAUGUCAAGUACUCAAGCUCCUCAAAAAUAAUGUUGAGACGGGCUUCACUAAGGAUUACGGGAGGCAAAUAUAGACACGGUCCAAGUUUGGCCAAAGGUCAUCUAAAUGCUAUUUAUGAUUAUAAUUAUUUAUUUGUGAGGCUGAAAUGUUUUUCUUGUAGGAUUUUUUGAUGUAUUUAUCUCUAUUUAUCACAAACCCUUUUUGUUUCUUUUGAAUACACUUGGGGAUUUUUGUAAUUAUAUGCUCCUCACAUUAACAUAGACAUUGAAGUGUUGUGAGGAAAUUGUAAAGACUUGUACAUAAUGUUAAUUGUAAAGUCAGUUUAGGGCUAAACAUGAGCUACUGUAUUGAGUCAUGUAACACGCUGUUUUCUUAAAUAAACACCACUUACAAAAGCUAUUUUAUUUUAAAUAUAUCUGAUUUUGUGCAGGGUGGAACAGAUGCUCACUGUGUGAUUGUCUGU